GUCGAGCCGACUUUAGUGGCAUUGACAAUGCUGCUCUUGAUUUUAGCCAACUGGAGGAGUACAUCAACGACGAAGCAAACAAUAGCAUAUAUUUUCAAGAUAAUCUAGCCAAUGAGCUGAAUGACACGCCACAGUUGACCACAGUUGCUCUGAUCAAUGGUUCUAAUGACAACGCUGGAACUGCUAGUGUCGUGCCUUCAGUAACAGUUGAUCUAGCUAAAACACUAUCUAUUGCAAGUGUUCCCAACUCUUCUGAAAACUAUUUGAGUGCCUAUUCAGUAGCCAAUGGAAAUGGUGGCACAUCAGCAUCAGCGGUCGCAUCUACUUCUACUCUAAAUCUGCCUGAUUCACCGCCUGAUUCAGGAUCUGAGCCACCUUUUUCACCGACAAAUGAAGCUGAUAGUUCUAAAUUAGUUUCAAGCACCAGUGGAGCAAGUGUAAACAACGGAACCAACGGAAUUGAUCCCAGUACAGUACCAAAUACUAGCAAUACAGUCAUGGAGAACAUGAAGCAUUUCGUUGAUUACUCCACGCACUCUCAUCAGCUGAACAUUAAACUGGAAACCAGUCUGGCUAACCUGCCCCACCAAAUGCACCCAACAUCUCACCCUAACCACAUCAGUCACCAUCACUCCCACCUUAGUGCUCACCAUCCCCACCAGCAAGGACCACCGCAACCACUGUCUUUGGAUUCAAACACUCAACUGCCCAUGUUGCAGUCAGACGGGUCGCCCAUCAGUGCCCAAAUGGUCUCCCUUACCAGUGCUCCACUGUCAGUCAACUCGAACAUGUUGCAUGGUUUGGUGGCCAAUCCCACCCAAGUGCACUCUCAGUCGAUGAUGGUCAAUGGAGGUCAUAUGUACCCACCUGCAGAGGAGUACACCGCAAUGCAAUCGCACUAUUCGGUGCAGGCAACAACGGCACCGCAGCCACCGCCUCCUCCUCCACCUCCCGUGCAGCAGACACAACCGCCUCAAAACGCACAACAAACUACAAACUCAAGCAACAACAACAAAAAGCGAAAAGUGUCCGAAGUACAGAGUGCCACUAAAUCAAUUCACAAUGGGUCCAAUAGCAGCAGUACGGGCAAUGGAAAUGGUGCCUCGAACGUUUACAUCAAACAAGAGCCGACCAGCUUGUCGCCAGAUUCAGCUUUGCACAGUAACGGCAACAACAGUUGCACCAGCUCGAAUAAUGGCUCAAAUGUCCACUCAACGCAGCAGUGCGAAGAUGAGUACUACGACUACGGGCCGGACAGCCAGAUGUACGCCGAUUCGUUCUAUCAGUGCAUUCGUUUUACUGCGUUCAACCCCACUUCAUCCUGUACACUGUACGACGUAAACUUUAAGGAAGUAACUCAACUGAGUUAUCGCGUUGAUGCUGACAAAGGUUUCAACUUUAGCAAUGCAGACGAUGCUUUUGUCUGCCAGAAAAAGAAUCACUUUCAGGUGACUGUUCACUGCCAGACACUUCAGACGCCCGUCUAUGUAAAGGCACCUGAUGGCGCGCUGCACAAAAUUGAGCACUUUUACCUGCACUUUUACGGAGUCAAAGUUGAGUCACCAACGCAAACAAUCAAGGUGGAGCAAUCGCAGUCGGAUAGAAGCAAGAAAGCCUUUCAUCCGGUCAGAAUCGAAGUGAACACAGAAACGGUGUGCAAGAUGACAGUGGGUCGACUGCACUUCAGUGAAACCACCUCUAACAAUAUGCGCAAAAAGGGCAAACCAAAUCCGGAUCAGCGUUACUUUUAUCUAGUAGUCAGCUUAUGUGCUCACGUUUCCGAUCAGAUUUACCAGAUUGCCGCUCAAGCAUCAGAGCGAAUUAUCGUCAGAGCAUCAAAUCCUGGUCAGUUUGAGAAUGAUGUUGAGUUGUUAUGGCAAAAAGGCAGCCUUCCCGACACCAUUUAUCACAAUGGAAAAAUUGGCAUCAACACUGACCGGCCCGACGAGUCGCUGGUCGUGUACGGCAAUGCCAAGGUAACUGGCAACAUCAUGCAGCCAUCUGAUGAGCGAGCCAAAACAAAGAUCGAAGAAGUAGACACUCGAGAGCAAUUGAAGAACGUGUCCAAUAUGCGGAUAGUGAGAUAUCAGUUUAAGCCAGAGUUUGCCCAGCAAGUGGGCAUUCAGUCGAACGACCUGGAGAACACUGGAGUGCUUGCGCAAGAAGUGCAAAAGAUAUUACCAGAAGCAGUCAAGGAAACAGGGGACAUUGUUCUGCAGAAUGGAGAAACAAUUGAGAAUUUUCUUGUGGUAAACAAAGAUCGAAUCUUCAUUGAAAACCUGGGCGCAGUGAAAGAACUGUGCAAAGUGACAGACAAUUUAGAGACGAGAAUUGACGAGCUGGAGAGAAUGAAUUCCAAACUGAGCAAGUUUAACCGUUUUGAUUCAAUCAAGUCAAUGUCCUCGUCGAGCAUAUUCUCUGGAGGCAGUAGCAAUACUUGCAGUCAGUCAAGUUACCGAAACCGACCAUGUCGACGCAGCUAUCACAGUCACAAAUCGUGCAAUACAAACACCGCGAAGCCGCCAGUGUGCUCUAAUCGCUUUAUUCAGUCGGUGAUAAUGAUUCUCGUGCUUAUCAUGGCCAUGUGUUUGAUAUCAAUUGCUGCACUGUACAUUCUGGAGUACCACCGUCGCCAUGAGCACUCACCGCUUCUGAAUCAUCAUCAGACAAAUUCCUACUAUCCACAUGACAAUUCACAAUACCAAAUAUCCAACUAUCAAUCUAGCCCAAGUGUAAAUAAAAAUAACUACAAUUCACCACAUAUGACGCCGUCUAACCAGUCACCAUACGUUCAGAACAACAACGAGAAGCACAGUUCAACACCACCAAAUACAAGGCAUCCUCGUCCGACGGCCAUACCAGUGCUGAAACCACUGGUGCUAGGAGUUCCGCAUGGCUGUCCUGACACCACCACUUCUGCCCUUUCUCCAUCAUGUCCGCAGUUUUGUUGCCUUGAAGACAGCUCUCCUUCUCAUGUCGCUAGUUCUGAAACACCCAAAGUAAAUGAGCCUUUAGAGAAGGCAUACGGCAAAAUUGAAAGUAAAUUACCGGCAAAUGAAACAGGCAAACAACUAGCCAACACUAGCACGCAUAUUCUCAGUGAAUUUUCUACGCCUUCUUCAUCAAAUCCCCCUGGAGGUGGCUCAAGUGGCGGUAGUUUAGGCGCUUUUUACGAUCCACUGACAAACCCAAAGUUUGGCGAUAUAAAUGAGUCGAGAGAUCCAAAAAGAAAACGCACGGACAAAGGCCUUUCAUUUGGCAAAUUUUCAAGCUCAGGCAUUCAGGACAUUCACAAUAUGGACGACGAUCUAGACUCCAAGUCGUCGCAUGUUCAUCGCCGAAAAAGACGGCGUCGAGAGGCGAGCAAAACAAUGAAUCUGAACUCACAAAACUUUAAUCACUAUCCUCGAAAAGAUCUCACUCGAACUGUUGAUCUGAUCAAGUUGAUUGAGCUAAACGCCACCAUUGAUUACUCUUACUGCACCAAGCUUCAGUGCACACAAGGCGUGGGCUCCAAGUUUCACUACAUUAUACCCGUCUCAAAGUACAUGGAUCUAGAAUAUGUCACAUUGCAGUUUAGUUUAAAUCAAGAUAUGAAAGUAGAUCACUGUGAUCGAAAAGAUUCAGCGCCGUUGUCCUGUCAGCUAGGAUACUACGACAACAUUCCACAAUCAUACAAAAAAGGCUCUCAACACAUUCUCACUCCGGAGAGUAAUCCACACUGGCGACUGCCUAUUGGCAUUUACCAACGAAGCUCCUAUGUCUUUCGCAUUUUGGCGCGAGACACUGAUGCUGACUCGCCAUGCACUUUGCCAGAUGCGCAAACCGGAAAUUCCUUUGUUGAAUACAAGUUUGAGUUUGUUCGCAAAUGCGACAAAUAA